AUGAAGCUGUUUGAGGACAUUGAUACCAUCCCUUCUUCUUCUCUAUUCUCACUGCCUAACAGUAGUCUGGAGUAUUCAGAGGAAGCCUCUAAGAAUGAGUUCACCAUUUUAGGGGGGAUAUCUCUAAAUAAACUGCUUUUUUUGGUUGAAUGUUUCAGAUUCUUUGAGUAUAUCUUGCUCUACAAAGAUGGAGUGAUGUUUCAGAUUGAACAAGUGACCAAGCUUUGCUCCAAGAUCGCUCUGACAGAGCCGUGGGAUCCAUAUGAUAUUCCUGCCAACUCAACUUAUGAAGAUCAGUACUACAUUGGGGGACCUGGAGACCAAAUUAUGGUACAGGAAUGGUCUGACAGAAAACCAGCCAGGAAAUCGGAAUCCUGGGUUGGUGUUUACACAGUCAAGGACUGUUACCCAGUCCAGGAAACCUACACCAAGAACUCCAGCGUGACGACCUCCACUCGCUUCUUUGACCUCCAGCUUGGCAUUGCUGACCCCUCGGUGUUCACCCCACCCAGCACCUGCCAGGCAGCCCAGAUGAGAAGGAUGGAUGAUGUCUGCUGAUCGUGGACACUGGCUGCCCCAGGAAAACACUGCUGAGCCAAGAGGAUGGUGGUUAAUCCUCAGCUGCUGCUCUCUGAGCUGAUUU